UCUCCUCCUGGUCCUCCUCCUCCUGGUCCUCCUCCCAGUCCUCCUCCUCCUCCUGGUUCUCCUCCUGGUCCUCCUCCUCCUGGUCCUCCUCCUGCUUCUCCUCCUCCUCCUGUUUCUCCUCCUGCUCCUCCUCCAACUCCUCCUCCUCCUCCUCCUCCUCCUCCUGGUCCUCCUCCUGGUCCUCCUCCUACAGGUCCUCUUCCUUUUCCUCCUCCUGGUCGUCCUCCUGCUCCUCCUCCUCCUGGUCCUCCUCCUCCUGGUCCUCCUCUUCCUGUUCCGCCUCCUGGUCCUCCUCCUGGUCCUCCUCCUCCAGUUCCUCCUCCUGCUCCUCUUCUUGCUGCUCCUCCUUCUCCUGCUACUCCUCCUGCUCCUCCUCCUCCUGCUCCUCUUCCUUUUCCUCCUCCUGCUCCUCCUCCUCCUCCUCCUGCGCCUCCUCCUCCUGCUUCUCCUCCAGCUCCUUCUCCUGCUCCUCUUCCUGCUCCUCCUCCUGGUCCUCCUCCUCCUGGUCCUCCUCCUCCAGGUCCUCCUCCUGCUCCUCCUCCUGCUCCUCCUCCUGCUGUCCCUUCUGCUCCUGCUCCUCCUCCUGCUCCUCCUCCGGCUCCUUUACCUCCUGUUCCUCCUCCUCCAACUCCUCCUCCUCCUGCUCCUCCUGCUGUUCCUCCUUCUGCUCCUCCUCCUGGUCCUCCUCCUAGUCCUUCUCCUGCUUCUCCUCCUGCUGCCCCUUCUGCUCCUCCUCCUCCUGCUCCUCCUCCUCCUGUUCCUCUUCCUGUUCCUCCUGUUCCUCCUCCUGCUCCUAUUCCUGUUUCUCCUCCUGGUCCUCCUCCUCCUCCUGGUUCUCCUCCUGGUCCUCCUCCUCCUGCUCCUCCUCCUGCUUCUCCUCCUCCUCCUGUUUCUCCUCCUGCUCCUCCUCCAACUCCUCCUCCUCCUCCUGUUCCUCUUCGUGUUCCUCCUUCUGCUGAUCCUCCUCCUCCUGUUCCUCCUCCUCCUCCUCCUCCUCCUCCUCCUGCUCCUCCUGCUCCUCCUCCUGCUGCUCCUCCUCCUCCUGAGCCUCCUCCUCCUGGUCGUCCUCCUGCUCCUCCUCCUCCGGGUCCUCCUCCUCCUGGUCCUCCUCCUCCUCCUCCUCCUGCUCCUCUUCCUUUUCCUCCUCCUGCUCCUCCUCCUCCUCCUCCUGCGCCUCCUCCUCCUGGUCGUCCUCCUGCUCCUCCUCCUCCGGGUCCUCCUCCUCCUGGUCCUCCUCUUCCUGUUCCGCCUCCUGGUCCUCCUCCGCCAGUUCCUCCUCCUGCUCCUCUUCUUGCUGCUCCUCCUUCUCCUGCUCCUCCUCCUGCUCCUCUUGCCCGGCUCUGGGGCACGUCCUCGCUUGGCGAGCGCCUGCCCUUCCUGGGGGAGCCCUCCAGGCCCGCCGGGGACGCUGCAGCUGGCCCUGGGGCCCGGGCCUUUGCCGCCCAGUUCUCGGACCGGCCUCUGCCCGCCACGCCUUCUCCCUGCGAGGGGACCCCCACACUGCACGCCGCUCCGUCGCCCUGUCCGGAUCCAGAGACCACGGCCUGCGCUGGGCCGGGACUGUCCAGUGAGAGGCUGCGGGCGGCUGGGUUCUGGCUGUGUGCUGCCUGCGAGCAGACUCCCCGCACGUCCCGCCGUGCGCGCGUGGACUCGGCCCCUCCGCUGGAGGCGGGCUGA